AUGAGCGACGAGGAAUUGUAUGAUGAGUUUGGUAACUUGAUCGGGGAAGAGGAAUUGGUGAGGGAAGUCGCUGGAGCUGCCAGAGGCGAUGAGAUUGAAGGAGGGCAUCUUGACAAGCCAGUGGAGCAAGAGCAUGGUACUACUGCUAUGGUGAAGAGCGAUUGGAAGAGAACGUAUGGUGAUGAAGUGGAAGUUCUUGUGGAAACGAGCGACAGACAGGCGACAGACGAGCCUCUGGUUCAGGUGAAAGCUGAGCAUUCAAGAGGUCCCACGUACACUGUUUUCACGCAUUUGCUGAGAAAUGUGCCCAAGACUACUUUUGACAGGGAUUAUAUGCUGGGGAUGUUGGAGGUUCCGGAAAGAAUUAGAAAUGUUGCUGUCAUAGGGUCUUUGAACUCUGGAAAGACGUCGCUUGUGGAUCUUUUCGUCAUGGAGUCUCACAGGAACCUGCCACACAUGACUGCGAACAUUAGAAAGGGAUGGAAGCCACUUCGAUAUCUGGAUAACUCUAGAAUUGAGAUUGAGCGUGGAGUUUCGAUGAAGUUGAAUGGUUUUACUUUCCUUGCGACGGACUUCGACAUGAAAUCAAUUGCCAUCAAUCUUCUGGACGCACCGGGACAUGUAAAUUUCAUGGACCAGAUGGCUGUUGCCCUUGCGGCAGUCGACUGUGCUUUGAUUUGCGUUGAUCUGGUCGAAGGUGUCACUUCUCCGGUGGAAAAGCUAAUCAAAGAAUGCUACAAGAGAUCAGUAACUCCUAUCUUCGUUCUGAAUAAGAUGGACAGGCUGAUACUAGAGCUAAAACUGCCGCCCGUGGACGCCUAUCUCAAGAUCAGACAUGUCGUUCAGCAAAUAAACAGUUUUACUAGGGAAAGAUUCAGCCCAGAACUCGGCAACAUUAUCUUUGCCUCUGCAAAACUCCGGUUCACGUUCACGAUAGAACAGUUCGUAAGAUACCAUUAUUCGUCGCAACUUUCCGAACCACAGAUUGAAAAGUUUGUCUCAGGCCUGUGGGGAAACGUUAGUUUUGAGAAAGGCCAAUUCAGGAAAUUGAGUAUCGAGUCUGCUCAUCACUGCUCGUUUGUUCAAUUCAUUCUUCUUCCACUGUACAAGAUUUUUACACACUCUCUCUCAGGCGACAGGGAGAACUUGCGCCGGACGAUGUCGAAGGCCUAUUCGAUCGAUCUAGAUCCCGAUUGCUUGAAAUAUGAUCCACAGCCACUUUUAAAAGAAGUUCUUACGAAGGUCUUCAGAGACCAGCGCGGCUUGAUCAAAGCUAUAGCUCGCUGUCCCGAUCCUUCUACGGGCUCAAAAGCCAGGCUCCUGAAUAAGUCGCAAGAGAGCUCUUCACUACUGAAGGCGCAUGUGCUGCAAACAAUUGACUAUGGUGGAACUGAGUGGUCAUUAGUAAGAAUAUACUCAGGAAAAGUUACGUCUGGCAUGCGCGUUCGCGUCAUAGAUUCAGCUGAUUCGCAGGCCUGUAUGAGUGACGACGAUAAUCAGAAACAUGUUGACCUCGAAGAUUAUCCAUCCGUAACGAUCGCAGAGAUUGCUUUGCUCGGCGGCAGGUAUCUCCUUCCCGUGUCGCAGGCUACCACAGGGCAAAUUGUGCUUGUUAAAGGUGUAUCUGAAGUAUUUACUAAGUCUGCAACAAUGUUGAAUGAUCAUUUUAGCGACGCUUCUGUUUUUGAACCAAUCGACUAUAUUAACGAGCCUGCGCUCCGUAUUGCAAUACAGCCGUUAAAACCCACUGAACUGCCGAAACUGUUGAGCGGUCUGGCAAAAGUCUCCAGGUACUAUCCUGGGGUUAUUAUCAAAGUUGAAGAAUCUGGUGAGCAGGUUAUACUUGGGUUUGGUGAGCUAUACCUUGAUUCGCUGCUCUACGAUCUUAGAAAUCACUACGCCGGAAUCGAGAUUAAGUUAUCAAAUCCCUUGACGAUCUUUUCUGAGAGCUGCUAUGGAGAAUCCUUUGCUGCUAUCCCUGCCACCACAGUCAAUGGCACCACAGCCCUCAGUAUUGCAGCGGAGCGCAUGGAUACGACUCUUGUUAAAGAUCUAAUGAGAGGUCACAUAGAAGAAUCGGAGAUGAAAGAUCGUAAACUGCUAAGAAAACGUCUACGAGACGAAUAUGGCUGGGACUCCUUGGCGGCCAGGAAUGUUAUGUGUUUUUAUAACAACAAUGUUUUGAUUGAUGAUACAUUACCAGACGAAACGAAUAAGGAGUUAUUGAAAAGUUAUGAAUCGCAAAUAAAGCAGGGAUUUGACUGGGUCACCCGUGAGGGACCUUUGGCAGAAGAACCGAUUCAUGGUGUGCAGUUUAAGAUACUGCAAGCAACAGGAUUAGAGAACAUCGGUAUCGGAGGACAACUCAUUCCUUUAGUGAAAAAGGCGUGCUGCAUAGCUAUGAUGUCAGCCUCACCUGUUCUGUUGGAACCGAUAUAUGAAGUUGAUGUUCUAUUCAAGAGUGCGUUACAACCAAUUGUUGAAGAGCUGUUCAAAAAGCGCAGAGGUGGAAGGAUCUAUAAAUGUGAUAGAAUUGUUGGAACUCCGCUCACUGAAAUUAGAGGACAGAUUCCCGUUAUAGAAUCAAUUGGUUUCGAGACAGACCUGCGAUUGGCAACUCGGGGAGGAAGCAUGUGCCAGCUGCACUUUUGGAACAAAAUUUGGCGUAAAGUACCUGGAGAUGUUUUGGACAAGGAUGCCCCAAUGUUCAAACUGAAACCUGCACCGAUCAAUAGUUUGAGUCGUGAUUUUGUAAUGAAGACCAGACGCAGAAAAGGCAUAUCGAAUGAAGGCUUCAUGUCCAACGACGGUCCUUCUAUCGAGAAGUACGUUGAUGAAGAGACCUUUAAGCAGUUGAAAGAAAAUGGUCUGGUUACGUGA